AUGGUCACAAGUCAACUUCUCUUGCCCAUAGCGCCCAUAGCGAAACGAUCCCCCGGGAAAGGUGCCAAAAAAGUCGGCACCUCUAAGAAAGUGGCUAGUGGUGGGAAAAGUACCGUGGAGGUUCCAUCCCACAAUGAAGAUGAGGUGAACGAGUCUGAAGAAGAAAUUGUCAGCACAUCAAAACGCAAGGUUCCUGCGAAGAAGAAGAAGCAAAUCGGGACAGGAUCCAAGCGGGGCCAACCCAAGAAGAUGAAGAAGAAGGGGAAACUAUCCGUGGCUGAAAAGAAAUCUGGAAAAGGCAAGGAAUCGGACGGUAUUGAUAGUAAUUCAUCGUCCGGUGAUGAAGCCUUGUCGACCGAUGAUGAAGAAGAGGAAAAUGAAGGGUUAAAAUCUAUCCGCAAACCACGCGUCUCCACCGUUCCUAAGAAGAAAACACCUAUCAAAUUAUCUGCUAGACCGCCGAAAGUAACGAAGAAAGGAGCUAGUGGUCGUAAGCAGAAUGAUAAAGGGGAUAUUCCUGAUGUACCCUCAUCGGAGGAUGAUGACGAGAAACAAGAAGAAGACGGAAUCGACGAAGAGGAAAACGUCAGAAGUAGGACUUCCCGGAGACAAACACCAAAGAAAAAUCGUGCCCCGCAAGUGAAGACCAAGGUUACUCGAACGCCCAAAAAGAUCCCUGUCAAAAGGCAAGUCAACGAUCCUUCGUCCGAGGAAGAUCAGUCAUCGUCAACAUCUGAAGACGAAAAUUCAAAAGCCAAAAAUGGCAAGCCCAAAGGCAACAAAAACUCUUCUCAAGUUUCUGCCUCCAAGAUGGGCAAAUUUCAAAAGCGAUCCCCUCCAAAAGGUAGGAAACCUGUAUCCUCUUCAGACGAGGAUGCCGAUUCUUCUGAAGAUGAUGUUGACAAGGGAAAUCAAAAGAAGGGCAACAAGGGAAGAGCAAAAAUGAUUGCCAAGAAGACUGCAAAUUCGCGUGCAUCCGCGAAACUCAAGUCUACGACAAUGAUGAAGAAGAAAACGGCCUCGAAGGCCCUCAUGGCCAAGAAGAAGUUGAAACAAAUGCAAAGCCUUGGCUUUUGGGGGGCUCCUCCCCGCCGUGCAGCAUCGUUAAAUGCAACAGCAGUCAUGCAUUGUAUGUACGAUCAAGACUUGCCGCCUUCCAAAACAGGAUCAUUAGCAUCCCCGAAGAACGCAUUAAAGCUAAAAAAGAAUGACGCCUCCACCCCAAAGGACAGAAAAGACCUGAAAAAGAGCAAACCCCAGCCCAGACGUAGUGCCACAGCCAAAAUGAGAGAAGCUAAAGAAGGGGAUGAAGAUGUUGAUGAAGAGGAACAAGAUGCUGACGAAGAAGAGGAGGAAGAGGUCGAUGAAGGCCCAACCCAGAAUCAUUCUGAUGCCGACGAAAUGAAGAAAACCAAGAACACCAAGAAAGCCGACGCUCCCAAAUCUCGAAAGGGAGCCUCCUCAAAGUCGAAAAUCGUCCUGAAGAAACAGAUGACAAAUUCUGAAUCUGAUGAUGAUGACGACGACGACGACAACGACGAAGUCGAGGAGAACGACAAGAAAGACGAAAAAGCCAAGGGGGUGGUCAAGACCACGUUGGAAAAGAAGUCUAGAGUCGCCAAGGCAAAGAGUAAGCCGCCCACCUCUGCCAAGAAAAAGCAAACUCAACCCAAGAACUUGAAGCGAAGGCGAGCCUCCUCAGAGGAAGAUGGAAAUGACGAUCGGGCAUCAGAUGGGUCGGCAACUGAUACGGAUGAUGCACGAAAGAAGGAGGCAACUCUAAGCUUAAAACAGCAAAAGAAAAAGAAGUCCUUAAAAGACGAGUUCAAAAUGGACAUCAGAGAUAUGAUUGUGAAGAAACGCAUUGCAAGUUUAAACGCUUCGGCGAUCAUGUCGGCGAGCUACUCGCAGUUGAAGUCACCACCAUUGAGUCCCAUCAAGGCACUGGCGCUGAAAACUGACGAACCUAAGCCAAUUGUAGAACUCUCUCCAACUCAUCGCGGCUCCAAAAAGAUUGGACCAAAACAAAGUGUUCACGCUCCCAAAACUGGGAAGAAAUCUGCAACCAUCCCCAUAACGGCGUCUUCAUGUAUCAUGCAGAAGAAACGAAAGAUUUCCUCUGCCACACCAGAUGAACAACAACCGAUUAUCUUUGAGAUAGAGGAUGAGCGGAUCAAGUCUUUACUCAUUGCUAGUGCCAUGAAAAAGGCCGGAAACAGUAGUGGUUUGUUGGGCAAGGACGAAAAAACCCACAAGCUUCCACCCAAGAAGCGAAAAUUGGAAAAAUGCGCCCUCACUCCCAUCUCGGGGAGUGGAGCGCAAAAGAAAAAACUUCAAUCUGGAUUCCUCAAAUAUGACGAGAGUCCCAAGGGGAAGAAAAGAAAGAAGAAGCGAAAGAAGAACAUCAAUGUGGAUAUGAGUAGUAGUUCGAGCAGCAGCGAGGAUGAGAGUGCCUCGAAUGUCACCUCAGGAGAAAGUGACAUUGAAAAUAAGCAAAUUGAAGUUGUUGAUGAUGACGACGAUGACGACGAGAUUGAAACCAUCUUCACGGAAGGUGCUCGGAGUGAAGGUAUUGUGUCGCGUCUACCAGGCGCUGCCCACGCAGUUUUACCUAGUGCGGAAAAUCCUAUGGCUCUAAAAACAGAGAUGAAUAAGGUGGAUGUGCAAAUCAUGGACAGUGGUAGAGUAAUUCAUCACCAUCAAGUGGUUCAUCACCGAUUUGAGACGAUUUCCACCACUACCUCGAUGGUCCCGCGAUCGGGUAGUAGAGGAAAUCAGUCAGUUCAACAGGACGAUGGUAGCACUGUUCCUGGUAAUGGAAAAUAUACUCCCUUGGGAGCAUUGGCCUCUCUUCAGCCUGGCAAUGGACAUCCUACUCCAACCCCUUCACAAGGUGGAGUAACACCUGGACCUCCAGCACCCGCUCCCAGAUUUCCAUCCACGUAUCAAGGUUUUUACCAACCUGCUGGUCCCCUGAUUCGCCCGGGAUCGCCCGCCAACAAUGUCGUCCCUCCUACAGCGACUGUCCAGCCUACGGUGGUGUCCUGUGCAGCUUCUGGAUCAGGUGGAAACCAUCGCCCUUCUGGAGGUCACCCGGGCUCCGGUUUAUCCCGGGAGUCCGAGUUCUCAUCCAGUCAAAAGAACAUCCCAUCCACAUCGCCUGUUAAGCCCACGCCUCAACAAGCCUCAGCUCCCUUACCUCCGGCCACAAUGGCGGCACCUCCAUACCCGCCAACGUAUCCGUACCCAUAUCCUACAGAAUAUCUACCCCCAGGGUACGCGGCUCCUCCACCAUCCCACAUUCCCUAUCAUCAGGGUACCGCCCAGCUGCCUGGAGGCCCGCCUCCACCUCCACCGCAAGCACCUUUGCAUUAUGCUCCCUAUCAUCCUGCUGAGUUUCGCCAUCCGUCGUAUCCUAUGUAUCAUCAUGCCAACCCAGCCGCCACGGCGCCAGGCUAUCCUCCCCAAGGACCUUACUAUUUGGCACCGGCCUUGCCAUAUCAUCCCUCAGCUUUGUCGAGUACCACCAGCCCAUCCUCCUCCACUAGCGGAACCCAAGUAGCUUUGUCCGCGCCACAUCCUGCUGGGACUGCGUUCUACUAUGGAGGCUAUUCGGCUGCUGCAUAUCCAUACACCGCGGCGGCCCCCCCGGGACAUCAGCCUCCCCCUCCCCAUUCGAUGGUUCCACCUGGCUUCCCAACUCAACACCAUCAAGCCCAAACAUCGAUUUACUCGUAUUCGGUGCAACACGAUCCAAAAAACGUCCAGGCUGGGUCCCAACCGGUUGGUAAGGGGCUGAACAGCCAACCUCCACCGCCUCCAACCUUUGCCACCACACCCACCACAGCCACCUCCAUUGUAGUCUCCACUGGAGUGAGCACCAAGUCGGUCUGUUCAGCCAAUUCCAAGAAAGCGCCGAAGUCGGUAAACUCGUCAAGUAAAGACCUUCGACCCACCCUGAAAGUGCCAACCCCCAAGUCACAUGGUGCGUUGCCUAGCCAAGUAGUACCCAAUGAAGUGUACCGAACCAUUUUACCUCGUCAACCACUUCCACCCAAAGGUCCGCCCGGUUAUAGCAAGUCCAAAAGUAGCCGGGCUCGUAGUCCCCCUGAGGUUGCCGUUGUGGCAGCUUCUAAAGCCAAAGUGUCAAAUGUGAAAGCAUGCAAUCCACCUAAUCCCGUACAGCCAUUUGUGGUAGGUCAAACCACCAUUCAUCCGGUGGAUCCCAACGCGAUCCGAAAGCCGCACAAACCUGUGGUUGUUGAGUCUCAAAUGGCUACAAUAACACCCAAGAUGAUGCCGAUUGUGUCGACAGCGGCCUCUAGGACGUCGUCUUCCACAGGAAAAUCAUCAUUGCGAGAUUAUCGAAAGCCUGCCAAAUCCAAGCACCAAUUGUCAUCCCCAGCGACGAUGGCCACGAUUACGCACUCACAAUCCUCUCCCAACUCAUCAUCUGGAUUGAAGUGCAUCCCAUCCGUGAUUGUACCUAAUCCGCCAAGUGAGAAUAGGGCAAUAAAUCCUCCAUCCACCGCGAUUUAUCAACAUUUACCCAAAGGACUAACCAUAACUGAAAUCGAUCGUUCUCGGUCAUUGUCGAGCAAGUCGUCUGUCAAAGGUUCCAAGAUUACCACUGUUCCAUCCAAUUCCGAAACCUUAACGGCUACCACGAGUCAAAAUCCUUCCGCGACCUCGGCAUCGUCAGUUUUUUCCACCUCUUCUUCUAGCACUGCUUCGUUGAUGACUGCACCGCACAGUAACGGGCAUCGAUUUCACUUAAUGCCAGUCAUCAACAUUCCUGAUCCACAUAAAAAUCGUCGCCCUCCACCACCAACUUCGACUGGACAUCCUGGGCUACCCAAUGGUUUGCUUCGCAUGGCCCACACAUCCUUGCAACAACAAUCUCAACCGCCUCCGCCGAAGAUUGCCACGAAAGUGGUGCCCAAGGACCUGAAGUCGCAAUUGGCUUUGAGCAAAAUCGCCCUAUCCAUGGCCUCGGGCACCACUAGCCAAGACGGUGGAAGCCAAGGUGGAUAUCAAGCAUCAAACUCUUGUUCCACCUCUACCUCCAGCACGAGCGUGUCAAAAAACGGUCAACCCCCUCCUCCACCUUCGAUAUCCGUGAGCAUGGCCAAGAGCGCAGCCAUGGCCCUCCAUCCGCAUCAACAUCCCAUUCCCAAACUUCUGCCUAAAAAGUCAAAGUCGACUCUGCUGAAGACGCGUAAGGUCAAUAACAAUAAACCGACCCUUCUUCUGAAUGGUGGAAGAAGCACGUCCAGUCUUAAAUCGACUUCAAGGCUGUGCGGCGUUGGAACUGCCAGUCCGGGAUCCUCACGAUCAUCUAGUCGAAAUAGUAGCCUAUCCCCUCGUGAGCGAUCAGGUUCGAGUUCCAAGGGAGGAUCAGCCACAGUUCCUUUCUUAGGUGUUGGAGGGGGCAAGUCCGUUAUGAGUAGUGGUAGCAGUAGUGGAAGUAAUAAUAGUAGUGGCGGUGGAAGCGGAAAAGUACCUCUUAGCCCGCUUUCUCGUGGUUCAUCUUCGAUCAACAAGAAGAAGGUGGCGAUCAACCAAUUUCAAGGACCUCUGAUACCCUGGAGCAAGCGGCACAACGGUGUGUUGAAAUCUUGCAAUGGCUGGCAAUGGGUCGGCGAGGGGAGCGAGCAAAAAGUCUACCUCAAUAAUGAGGAGCCUCCUGUUCCACGUAUUUGCUAUGAUUCGAUGAAACACUGCACUGAAGGCGAUGUGGUCAAGAUCAGGGAUUGCAUUUUGUUGGCGUCGGGCAAUCGUAAGAAGGAUUUGCCUUUCAUUGCCAAAGUCACUGCUCUUUGGGAAAAUCCUACUGAUGGUGAUAUGAUGAUGAGCCUUCUGUGGUAUUAUCGUCCAGAGCAUUUGGAGAGCGGCCGCCGCUCGGAUGACAUGUCAGAUGAAGUCUACGCCUCUCGGCAUCGGGACAACACCUCGGUCGCUUGCAUUGAGGAUAAAUGCUAUGUUAUGACUUUCAAUGAGUACUGCAGGUAUCGCAAAUUUCUGCGGAUGGUGGAUCAAGGCCUGUCUUGUGGCACCUCCAUUGUCCCAGACCCGUUACCCGGCUACGAACGAGCCGAGUUCCUUCCCACUCAACGCGUGGCACCCGAUCGGGUGUUCCUCUGUCGACGUGUAUACGAAUCCCGACAACGGCGAUUACUCAAGAAUCCGUAUUGACUUGGAAAUAAUAUCAGUACGAUAUAAAUCAACCAACAACAUACACAGCAACUGAAAGUAGUAAGUGCUAAUUGUCGUCUUCGUCCUAGUUGUCCUAGCUACUGACGAAAAAGAAGAAGAAUCCAUGCCGAUGCUAAAGCUAAAGAACAAAUACCUCAUGAGACUGAUGAUUACAAGAUGAAAUAUGAAUGAUGCUUUAUCAUUAUUAUCGAUAAACUAAUAAUAAAAAUAGAAUACAAGUGACCCCCUUUCCCUGCACCCUGCCCCUAACAACCUUGGAAUUGCUUUUAAUGUGGAAAGAUCUGUGGUUCAAUUCACACCUCUAUUCUCUGCUUCUCUCCACUGCCUCCGCUGCAGACAUAGUUUUAUUUUGAUGCUAUAAGCCCAUCGAACAAUUCUAACGUCAAAGUGUUUAUUUAUUCAAGAAAACUAAGACUUUCAGUUAAAUUAUCUCCAGUAUCACGAAGGGUUGAUUAAUGAAAUACACACUCAUGUCCCAAUUCCCCCCAACACCCUUGAUGCCCCAAUUGGAUAGUACUUCACUGUAUGUAUGAAUGUAUGGCCUUCAAGUAGUAGUCCAAUCACAAAACGUCGACCAUUACGAGUACUCUGAUUGAAACAAACAUCUCUAGCCUUCCAAGUCUUUUCUCAUCCGGACAUCCCUCCCCCCUUCCUCAAUUAGUAACAUUUGAUUCACUUUAUAUUUAUCUCCGCAGUAUUUAUUCCCAAGUGACCUGCGUUCGUGUCAUUGGAAGUCCCAUCAAAUCCGUUAUCAACGUUUACAAUUUAUUCAAUACCAAAAACUGUCCCUGAUCAUUCCCCCGCGUCCAUCUCAUUAGAUGUAAGGACAUCUUUUUUUGACCGAAAGGUGUUAUUAUCGUCAUUAUUAUUCCUAAUAUUAUAUUGCCUUUGUCAAUAUCAUGCAAAUUAUGAUUAUCUUAUUAUUACAAACCCGCUUUGAUUCAAUCAUCAUGAAGAGCAAGAAUAUCGAUAUUGCCAUCGAUUUUGUCUUGGCCCUAUUCGUUCGUUGUUUUUAUUGUUUGUUUGGGUAAAUACAUUGAUUUAUUUCGAACAAGAACAAGUCAAA